GUCCUCCUGCGCUCAGCACCCUGACAGAUCAUGACCCAGCCUGGAUCCUGGCUCUGACUUGAGACGUGCAGACGGUUACGAUGGAUUUGUACAGCUCGUGUGUGAUUGUGUUACUUCUGGCACAAACUGGUUUCUGCUCCAUCCUGCCAGCGAAGGUGAGCGGCGUCAGGGGGAAAAACGUCAAUUUCACGUUGGCGUCAAUACCUCCGACGUACCAGUUCAUAACGUGGACGUUCGAGCCCCGCGGCGGCGGCGACACUGUCCCAGUGAUCACGGUCAGCGCGCAGAGCGAGAGGGUGGCCGCGGGGUACGUGGGGCGCGUGACCUACCACCGCGACGCGUUCACGCUCGAGCUCUCUGCGCUGACCCCCGCGGACUCGGGACACUACAGCGUGAACAUCAUGAUGGAGGACAUGAGCACGGUGGUGGUGCGCUCGGAUCUCACAGUGCUGGAGCCUGUAGCGGAUGUGAACAUCAUCUCCAGCGUCUCUGAACCAGUGGAAAUCAACAGCACCGUCACCCUGACCUGUGUCGCCAAAGGCUCUGCACUUACCUACAGUUGGAUGAACAACUCCGUCCCGGUGGUGGCUGAUGGGACUCAUAUAACACAGAAUGGCAGCCAGCUCAACAUUAACGGCGUUUUCCGUACAGAUCUGCUCGGGCCGAUCACCUGCACAGCUAAGAACCAACUGGAAUCCUCAACAAGUGACAGUUUCAACCUCACUGUCAGCUAUGGCCCUGAGCUCAUCAAGAAAACACAAGACCCUCUUAAGGAUGUUCUAAAGAAGGGAUCGAACCUGACCUUUACAUGCUCAGCUAUGUCCAGUCCUGCUGCUGACUUCAUUUGGCUUUUUAAUGGAGUCACACUUCCCCAGAAGACAUCCACGCUCGCUUUCUCAAACGUGGAAGUAGAACAGAGCGGCAACUACAGCUGCAUGGCCUACAACAGCAAGACCCUGCGCCAUGUCUCUUCAGAUGUCAGCACAGUGUCCAUCAUUGAAGCCAUUUCAGGCACGAACAUCACUGGGCCCAAUUCUCCCCUUAUUGCUGGUAACAGUACAGUGAACCUGACAUGCACAACCAAAGCAGGCAAAGCAGACGAAGUGCUGUGGAGUAAGGAUGGCAAACCUCUGAGCAGCACCCAGCGCGUCAUGUUCAGCCUGGACAAGAGCGUGGUCGCCAUCUCCCCUGUCCAGAAGGGCGACGCCGGAGUGUACAAAUGCGAGCUGAAGAAUAAAAUCAGCAGUGAUGUCGGAACUUACCCUUUGAUGGUCAAUUAUGGACCGGACGAUGUGGCGAUAAAGGGUGACCUUCGGGCCACGGUGGGCCAGCCGUGGAUGAUAAACUGCUCCUACGCCUCAGUUCCGCCUCCCACGUUUGUGUGGAAGUUCAACGGCACAGCUCUUGAUGGCCAGACAAACUCAUGCUUGAUGUUUCCAAAUCUGGAACACAAAGAUAGUGGGAUAUAUACUUGUGAAGCAUCAAAUCCCAUGACUGGACUCUCUAAGUCUGCCAACCACACUCUCACCGUAAGGGAAGUAGGAGAGAAGGAUCCAGAAGGCUUGUCCAGUGGAGCCAUCGCUGGGAUCGUCAUCGCUGUCCUGUUGGUCCUGGCAAUCAUUAUUUGGUGCUGCAUCAAGAAGAAGCGGAAGCAUUCAGAUAUUCCAUCACCAUAUUAAAGGGAAACGAAAACACAACCUCGGUCUCGAGAAGAACACCAAGAUCUGCUAGAACAUUCUUCAGCUAUUCUGUCUUUUUUUACCCAGAAGAAGAUUCCACUGGGCAGCUGGAAGAUCUGCCCUGAUUAGUGGAGCACACACUAAGGGCUGGCCCUCUCCCCCCACCUCCCCACCCCCACAUGGUGUUACCUUGCUUUCCUUUUUGCUUUUUGUUCCCGUCUCCCCUCCACCUGCCCCCUCACCUCCUGGUAUUUACCGCUAUACAUUCAGCCCCUCCCCCUCCCCCAGACUUGCUGAAGAGAAAAGGUUACGCUGGUUUAAUUCCUGCAGUCCGUCUAGACCAAAGAUGCAACAGACUAUAAUGACAAAACAUCCCUCCACUACUCCGCUGCUCAUCGGGUCAUCGAGCCAGGAGAAGCUUCUCCAUCUCGAGCUCUCCAGGAAACAUCUCUCUCCAGAAGUGUGGAACAUCUUCCAGAGCUUAGGGUCGAAGAUAUUUACACCCUGUACACUGAUUAACCCUGUUCUCCGAUUAACCUAAUAUGAUAUGUCUCUAUAUUUGACUGAGUAAAAGAUGUAAAAGAUGAGAUUUUUGUGUAUCUGUGUAUGGACCAGGGGCUGCACGACUCCCGAUUGCCAGAAUGACGACGAUGUUUUUUUAGUCUACAUGAUUAACUGGUAAAAAAAAAAUAAGUCUGUGCAGUAAAAGUCAAAGAACUACAUCUGUCUAUUAUAUUGCACUAUUGAAGGGCAGACCAGUUGAGGUUCAGAAGAAGGAAACGAAAACCAGACGCCUCACUUUAGCUGAUGUUAGCACUGCUAGCACUGAUGAGAUAAUCGAACACACUACACACGCACAGAGGCACAAUGACAUGGGAAUUCCUCAUUCGAGUCACAUGACCACGUCUCUGAUAUCUAGGUCCCAUCUAGGACCCAGCAGCCGUUACUUGCCCAGCGACAUCGCCAUGGCGGAGACCCCUGACCUUGUGACUCGACUAGCCGCCGCGGCUCUGGUGAUGAUUCGUGCAGCCUCUAGUCCUCAGCUUUAGGGGAAACUUUUACUCUGCUCAUAAUAGAUUCUAUUUGGUUUUGUUUUGUGAUAAGCACACUACAUAUUCCUGAUUUUUUUUAGUGUUACAUAAAACUGCCAGAUUGAAAACUGAAGCCACUGAAUAUUUUUAUUUGUGUACUUUUUUAAAAUUCAGGUUUAGGUCAUGUGACUUUUCUUUUUUUUAAACAAAAGGGUACGAUGAUAUUUUGGCAAUGAGUUUGAAUUGUGGACACUAAACACUGUGUGUGUGUGUGUGUGUGUGUGGGUGGGUGUGUAUUUGUCUAUGUGUCUAUAUGUACUUUUUUGAGCAGAAGCCUUCUUGAGACAGACGUGCUUUUUGUUCGGACAAUCCUGCUAACGUUCUGUCAAUUUAUUCCAGGUUUUAAAUUAAAUUCCAAUGAUUUUUUCGGAGCAGUGACGUUUCACUUCGUGCCAGCGAUGUCGACUCUGAUCGCCUUUACGUUGCUCACUGCCGGUAUUGAAAGUGACUCAAAUUCAUGUGGUGUGACCUUCGCAGGUAUUAUAUUUUUUUGGCACCAUGCUAAAGGAUUUGGUUGAUUAGAAAUUUUUUUUUGUAAUUAAAAAUGAAAUACUGGAUGAAUGUUAAAAAAAAACAUUCUAGAGUGCUCAAAAUGUGUGUAUUAAAAUUGGAAAAUAAAUCAAUUCA